GAUAUGGAGGAGAGGUUGUAACGGGCCUUGUUCGACCCGGCUGGCCGAGCCGAAAAAAAGGAAGGAUUGAUCACAUCCCCGGCCCGAUGAUGCUUUUUACUGGUGGGCUAUGAGGGCCCAUAUAUAUAGAAAGCCCAUGGAUGGGUUCCGUCCGGUCCGGUCCAUUUCGCCGCCGCUCCCUGCCCUUGCCGGCUGCGCCCCCUCUUCCUCUCUGGCCUCUCUCUCUCUCUCUCCCUCUCUCCCUCACCUUCCCUCUUCUCUUCCCCUACCCGACUACCACUCCACCCCACUGCUCCACCACGCCUCUUGCCACCACCGGGGCCGGUGGCUUCUGCCCUCCGCCCCGCCGCGGCCGCGGCCGCACUUCCGCCGCGGCUCGGCACGCCCUCCCCUGCCCUGCUCCCGGCCCCGGCACGGGGAGAUCAGAUUGCCCAAGGGGAAAGGGGAUUGGAGAACGAGCGCAGAUGGGGGGCUUGCCCAAGGAGGAGGAGGAGGAAGAUGCGUCCGAGCCGGAGGGGGCUCCGGAGGUCGAUGUCUCAGCGGAGGGGACCCUAGUCUGGCUGCGCCGCCCCAACGGCUCCUGGUGGCCCAGCAUCGUCAUCUCGCCGGAAGACGUUCCCAGCGCCUGCACCGCUCCGCCACGCUGCGGCGCCACCCCUAUCAUGCUCCUCGGACGCCGCCGCGACGGCCCAACCUUCAUUGACUGGUGUAACCUUGACCGGUGCUCGCGCGUCAAGCCCUUCCGCUGCGGGGAGCUCGACUUCGAACAGCGCAUCACCAACGCCCAGGCCGUCGCCGCAACAGGCAGCUGCAACUACAACAAGGGCAGGUACGCCCGCAAGGAGGACGCCAUUCUCCAGGCCCUUAACAUUGAGAGGGAGCGUGCACUGGAGCCGGCAAGCAAGACCUACCUUCAUGGGGGCACCUGCUCGCUCAACCCCAAAAUUGAAAUGCCCAACGGACAAGUAAAAGAUGCUGCAGCAAAGGGUCCUUCUACCACCAUCCAUUCACUGCCACUACCGCUGCCGCUGCCACCACCUCCGCCCAAGAGGAAGCGCAAGACGCCCUAUGACUCUGAGGAUGAUGCGCCCAAAGGGUCCCGCCGUAUGAGAGACCUCAGGGAUAUCGGAUCCAAGACUGUUCCCCCAAUGGACUCCCCCCAUGCUGGUACAAUCUCUGUUCCCAAGUAUGAUGAUCUGCCUAAUGUUGGCCAGGUGAAAACAAGUGUGCAGUCUCAUGCCUCCACAAAGAGGAAGCAUGCAGCUGCGCACCAGGACCAACCCUAUGGAGUCCCAAGGAAGAAGGAUAGGUCCCGUCCACUAUCAGAGCUCUGCAACGGAGACAUGUGGAAUGGUUCCAGACCAAAUGGCCACAAGGCUGAUGAACAUUUCUUGGGUGCAGCUACUUGUUCAAGCAGCUCAUCAGGCACUUCAACCUUGGAUUCUUCAUUGGAGACGACCAGCUGCCAUCGCCGCGCCGCAUUCAAAACAGAUCAAGCAAAGGGCACCGAGAUAUCCUGCAUGAGCAGGCUAUUCACUGAUGAUUUUCAUCAUAGGGAUGAUUUUGUCGAAACUCCACUUGCUGGAAGAAGCAUCUUGGAACCAGAUCAUUUGCAGAAAUAUCAACCUUGUGGUUUGGCAAAGCACCCUACCUGGAAACAUAAUAAGCAAGCUAAUGGCUGCAGCAAAGUUGUGAAAUGUGACCGCAAAAAUAUUAAGAUGAGAAGCAUAAGCUCUGUUGAUCAGGAGGGCUACAACAGGACAAAAGACUCUGAUAAGCACGAGCAUCACAAAGCAAGGACAGUAAAGCACAAAGCACCAAGAGAUGAGGUUGUCCUUUUGGAGAAAAGGCUGGACAAGCGUUCUUUGAACAAGCCCUCUGGAGAUGAUACUAAAAUGCAUAUCGCCAUGAUUCCUACUGAUUCGGAUUGCGUUGGUGCAGUUGAGCAGCAAUGUUCUAAAAGAAAGCGUGAUCCUGAAGAGUCAUCAGAAACCAUAAGCAACCGUUCAAAUUGUGAUAGUGGUUCAAUAUCAUCUCUGGUGUUUGAGCUGCCUCUACAAGUAUUGCCGCCCCAAAAGAAAGCACUGGAUCCUGAAAGAUGCCGUGCAGUGAAGCCAAUCAAGACACUGCAUUUGAAUUCCACCCUUUGUAAUGUGGAGUUGAGUGUCCUGGGGAGCAGCAACAAUGGGCGCCGUGUGCCCCUUGUUUCUCUAAUGAGUAAGUGGAAUGGUAAGCCCGUUGUGGGGUAUCCAGUCUCCGUCGAGGUCUGUGAUGAUGUGUUUGGCUGUCCUUUAUCAAGUGGAGGUGAGCAGCAGGCAGUUACAAGCAGCAUGGAUGGAAUAAUGCUGAAGAGGGACGAAACAAAGGGCCUGCAAUGCCUUGUGCCACCAUCACCACAGGCAUGCCGGGCGAAACCCAAGAGCCGCAGCAGAAAGCCCUCGGAGAAAGAUGUGGACAAGUUGUGGCAGCCGCACACGAAAAAGCCAGCGUCCUCGUCAAGAAAGAUGCGGAGGCUUUCCUCGUUUGCUUCGGGUCAGAGAGAUGGUGAGGACAGGAAGUCAGCUGUCGGGAAAGUUUCUGGAGCAACCAUCGCGUGCAUCCCGCUCCGAGUUGUUUUCAGUAGGAUCAAUGAAGCCCUAAGCUUCCCAGUUAAAUGAGGAUACCCAGGCUGCUGAGUCGGCUGCCUGGGAGAUGCUGACGGGGCCUCCGGUAGUAGGUGUUGUUGUACGCACGCCUGUUGUGGCCAUAGCGUUGGGAGAACGCUUGGUGUGGCCUAGUAGCAUGGUGAUGGAUGUAUCAUGUGGUUUUGUUUUGAGCCACAUCACAUUAGAGGUAGUAGAAGGGCUGUGCUGAGGCACCCCCGGGCAGCUUAAAACAACAUUUGGUGAUGGGCACAUGAUCUGACGGCGGAAGCAAAUAACUAGUGUAGCUUCUCUAUCUUGUUUGGAAAUCUGCUUCUAGUGUUGGUGAUGCAUCGCUGUGCUGUACUUGCAUGCAGCAGGCGCUCUGAGCCUUCCUGUGCUGGUGCAGCCCAGCUGCAGUCUUUGGAAAUCGAAUUAGUGAUCUUUUACUUGUUUU